AUGGCAGACUCGCGGUAUACACAGCUUGGGUCGGCAGAAAGCUCCCAGGAACUACCUCUCAACAAGCCGUCUCGCUGGAAUGGGGCCUGGAAGUACUUGCUCCUGGCGCUCGGCGGACUUCUUUAUAUCUAUCCAUUUAUAUUUACGGCGAAACACGCCUUUUCAGAGCGAGCACCCAAAGAAUAUGCCCAAGUCAACACUUUCCGCACCGUGUGGAAGCCAUUCACAUGGAAUACGGAAUACAGUCCACAAAACCACAGCGAAGCCGACCCGCUCUGGGCGGCCAUCAACCCUGCCCACGGGAUCAUCUCUGUCGACCGCGAAUGGGCAGAGGAGAACCACUGGCCAAAUUCGAUGCCCAUGCCUGACGACGACAAAAAGAGCGUCUAUUUGCUAGAGGCCUACCACCAACUGCAUUGCCUUCAAAUGAUUCGCCUCACUUUCUGGGAAGCGGUUGAAGGACGGCCGUAUACCCACCAACCGUCGAAUCACAUGGAGCACUGUUUCGACUAUCUGCGCCAAAUUGUGCAAUGCAACGCCGACAACACACCCCUGUAUACAUUUGGCGAGUUCCAGGCCGGAGACGGCCAGCUCCACCGGUGCCGCGACUGGGGCGAAUUGCACGACUACGCGACGGAUCAUUCGGCUUGCUAUCGAGACAGUGUGCAUGGGAUUCCGCUCAAGGACCACUUUGGCUUUUGUGACAGCGCUAAAGUAGAUGGCUUGGAGAGGACCUUGGAUGGUUAG